AAGAAGAAGGAUCUUUCCCUGGAGGAAAUUCAGAAGAAAUUAGAAGCUGCAGAAGAAAGACGCAAGUCCCAUGAAGCUGAGGUCUUGAAGCAGCUGGCUGAGAAACGAGAGCACGAGAAAGAAGUGCUUCAGAAGGCAAUAGAAGAGAACAACAACUUCAGUAAAAUGGCAGAAGAGAAACUGACCCACAAAAUGGAAGCUAAUAAAGAGAACCGAGAGGCACAAAUGGCUGCCAAACUGGAACGUUUGCGAGAGAAGGAUAAGCACAUUGAAGAAGUGCGGAAGAACAAAGAAUCCAAAGACCCUGCUGACGAGACUGAAGCUGACUAAUUUGUUCUGAGAACUGACUUUCUCCCCAUCCCCUUCCUAAAUAUCCAAAGACUGUACUGGCCAGUGUCAUUUUAUUUUUUCCCUCCUGACAAAUAUUUUAGAAGCUAAUGUAGGACUGUAUAGGUAGAUCCAGAUCCAGACUGUAAGAUGUUGUUUUAGGGGCUAAAGGGGAGAAACUGAAAGUGUUUUACUCUUUUUCUAAAGUGUUGGUCUUUCUAAUGUAG